AGAAAAGAAAUAGAAAAAGAAAAACCCUAACUUGGGAAAUGUGCUCUUUUUCGAUUAGAAAGUCACCAAAUUCAUCGUUCAUCUUCCCAAAAUUCGCUCCUUUACUUGUAAGGCAUCGUUUCACUCUCCCAUUAUUCGUUCCCACUCACAAACCGCCGAGAUUACGCGUCGUGGCGUCUCUCUCCGGUACCUCAUGGGUCUCUCAAGCUUCCAAAGACAAAUAUGGUGGUUGGGCUCUUAUUGAAGAUGAAGCUCCUCUUCCUCAUUGGAAAAGUAAAAAAAAGUGGCGGAAUGUUGUAAUCACUGGUGUUGGAUCGUCACUUGCCGUUCUGUUAGCUACUAUAGCUUACUUCUCAAUCUCGAGAAAAGGGUUUAGGUUAUGCUUUAGUAAUCCACUGCAUUAUGUGGAUUUGGAUCAGAAUGAGAAUGAAGAGAGUGAAAGAACGACCUCGCUCUUGACCGAUGAGAAGAAUUCUGCUUCUGAGGCAAUCUCCGAAAGUGUUGACGAUGCUUCAGAUACUGUUGACCCUCCAUCAACCGUAAAAGCUCACCAUAUCACCGCUCCAGUUCCCGUGGAUGCUGCUCAACAAGAAGCAAUAGCAGUUUUAAAGAAACUAAAGAUAAUUGAAGACGAUGUAAUGGGAGACGAGUUGUGUACCAGACGAGAGUAUUCUAGAUGGCUAGUUCGUUCGAAUUUGUUAUUAGAGAGAAAUCCAAAGCACAGGAUUGUGCCAGCGGUAGCUUUAGCUGGCUCUUCAGUACCUGCAUUUGAAGAUGUGAAUACUACAGACCCUGACUUCGAGUACAUACAAGCAUUGGCAGAGGCAGGCAUUACUUUCAGCAAGCUAUCCGGGGAAGAUUCUCGACAUGACACUGGAAACAUUAAUUUUAAUCCUGAAAGUUUUGUUUCCAGACUCGACUUGGUAAACUGGAAAGCUCAAUUGGAGUGUGAUUUCCUCCCAGAAGUUAUGGAAGAGAUAUCAAGGACAAAGGUAGACUAUAUAGAUAUGAAGAAUAUCAAUCCCGAUAUAGCACUCGGAUUCUUCUUGGACUCCUUGACCGGCGACAAGAGUACUAUCAGAAACGUUUUUGGUAGGAUCAAGAGGUUUCAGCCAAAUAGACCUGUGACAAAAGCACAAGCGGCUGUAGCAUUAACAAGCGGUAAAAUGGCGAAAGCUGUUUCAGCUGAGCUAUCAAGGUUAGAAGCAGAGUUCCUCUCGCGGAAAGCUGAGAUGGAAGAAAUCAGAUCCGAGUUGGUAGAGAAAGGCGAAAUAAGGCAGUUUUGGGAUGAGAAGCUUCAGGUAGAGAGAUCCCGAAGAGUUGAGAUGGAAGAGCUGUAUCUCUCCAGUGUCAAUGAAUUAGAAGAAGAGAAAACUGCUCAGCUGAAGUGGUUUGCCGAGCGUUUAAAAGAAAAAGCAGCCAUAGAUUGUCAGAAACAGUUGCUUCGUAGCUUGAGAGAUGAUAUCGACGAGAUGUCUCAAAGGCUAACUACUGAUAAAUCUGUUUAUCUGGUUGAGCACAGCAAGUUACAAGAGAUGAUGAGUGAUUUACAGUCGAAGCUUGAAUCGCUGCUUGACAAAAGAUCUAUCCUCGAAGCUGAAGUCGAAGCUCUUCGGAUUCUCAGAACUUGGGUAGAGGAUGAAGCUAAGGCAAGCCAAGCUAGAGCUAAGGUUCUUGAAGAGGCGGGAAAAAGAUGGAAAUGGAACGACCAUUCUUGAAUCAAUGGAGGACACGGUUCUUUAAAAACUUGUGAUCCUUCUGUUUGAAUCUUGAGAUUGUACAAAAUUGUUUUGUUGAAUGUUUGUCAAAUGAGUGUUUAAAUCUGAAGUCAAGCCAAAAGCCAGAUACUUUGGUUUUGUUGGUUUAUUUGGGGAAAUGACAAUUUAAUUGAUUCUCUGUAAUUCAAAAUCUUCAUUUCAAUUGGAACAAUACUAUCUUGGUUUCAAAAGAAAAA